AUGUUGAAAUAUGAUGAAUGGUCCAAUAAUUUCAACAGUAUUGUUGAAGAAACACGCACAAAUUUGAAUAAAAUAAAAACAAAUAACUUCAAGGAAUCACUCAAUGAUAAAUCCUCUAUACAAUUACAAUCUCAUGAAAACGUUUCAAACUUAGAACGCCUACAAAAAAAUCUGUCUGCAAUCAAUUCAAUUGAAAUUUUUAAACCAAAAGUUUCAUCAUUUUACAACUACAAUGAGUUCAGAAACGUCCUAUCAUUUUUAGUGCAAUCCCAAAGGAAUGGUAUCAAAUACAUUCAGAUGGAAAAUUUCAUAAAAAAAUUUAACCAAAACGCUGAUUACGAGAACCAAGUUGAUGAAUUUGUGAAAAUUGUUUCUGAUAAAAUGAAUAAGUUAGAAAAAAGAAAUCUUUCUUUACACCAAAAACUCAAUGAUUUAGAAGUAGCCCAAAAAGAACUAACAAUUUAUCUUAAUAGCAAAGCCCAUUUGACGAGUUAUCAACCAGCUAGUAUGUUACUACAUUCAAAUUGGAACAACCCCAAGGACAUCGGCUUCCCAUCGCAUAACAUCGACGACAAUGAUUUGUCUACACGUCCAAAUUUUAUGACGCCACCAAAGAUAAUUAAUCCCGAAAAUUUUUUACGAACUUUAGCCAACAAUGGCGUCGAACACGACACUAAUUAUAACGGUUAUAACAAUAACAAUUAUACAGAUAAUAAUUACGAUUAUGCCAACAGCGCCUUUAGGCCAAUAGUCAACUCCAGGAAUCAAGAAAUAUUUAACGUAAAGAGUAAGAACAAUAAUAACAACAGCAAUAAUAAUAAUAUUAAUAACAAUAAUAAUAACGACUUUAACGAUGAUAAUGAAUAUGAUCUGAGUGAAAUGAACAGGAUAAAAUAUUUUGACGGCCUGAGAGACGACUGUUACAGGACGAUACAUAGUCUGAAAUUGGAAUAUGAAAGAAAUAGGAGAGAAUUGAAGGCGUUGGAAGACGAAGGCUUCCACACUCCGUCGUUUAUACAUGAAUAUCUUUUUAGGAUAAAACCUAAGUUAGAUACGGCACAAUCACCAGCAUCACCUACGUUAUCAUCGUCACUAAUUUCGUCCCCAGUCGACUGGUCAGUAAACGGAAGAUUGUCAAUCUCGGAUUUAAAUUAA